UACCAGCUUUUCGGAUCGACACCAAGAUCCAGACUUGCAGACCAUGACUCACGCGCCCAUUUGGCCAUUUGGGGAAAGUGUGCUGCGGGGCCUCUCGUCUCGUCUCUCUGGACGCAACUCCAACGCCAACAACAACCCCACCUCCCUUCCCUUGUUCUCUUUACAACAACAGAUAAUAUCCGAGGAUGAAACUCACGCUUUUUCGACUUCGGUACGUAGUUUCGGGACGGGUUAACUCUCAAUAACUCUGUUUGGGAUGUUGGCGACACUGCAGAGUGAACUGGGGAGGUUGGUGAGGAGAGGUUGGCUGGCUCUUAGGCAUUGGGGGAUGCCAGGAGGUGAGUACCGAGCGGAGCGGAGAGAGUCGCGAGUACGACAGCGAGCGGCGGUGAAUGACAUCGACCGGUUGAAACUCCAAUGCUUCAAAUCAGCCUGGAUCAUGAGUGUUUUGCAUGACGGGCUUGGCGUGCCGAGGGAGAUGGUGUGUGUGCCGAAUGAUGCGGAUGACGGCGGGAGGGGGGUGGAUGUGCAUGGCGAGGGUGCGAGUUCCGAUCCAGCGUUUGAGAGUGUGAACGAGAUUGGGACGUUUAGUGUGAGUUGGACGUUGGGAGCGAUUUUGUUGCAUGUUGCUGCCACCAUACCGAGGGCGGAGGAGGAAGCGCAGGGGGUGGGGCGGGUGGCGACGACGGAAAUGUUAGCUGACGCGCUCACCAGACCCCUGCCGAUCCAGACUUCACAUGUCUGAUGAGGGCUGGAAUGCACUUGGAGGCUGCAGAGUCUUUAAGAGCCCUUUUUGCCUGUCCUCCACCUGAUAAAAAGAAGCGAACGCCUUGAGCGGAAACCAAAGUUGUUAUGACACCCGUGAAGAGAAGGAUCGUCAACGGAACCCAUGCUCCACGUGGAUGUAAGCCGGCAGGCAUAGAGACAUGCAGCAAUCAACCAGAUAUGGAUAUGCUAUUGAUCAAAACACAAAUUCUAUAUCUACAAAAUGCCCACGGAAGAGCAAUCCAGCCGGAAGUAUAUGGUC